AUGCUUUACCACGCUCUCUUUGCUGGCCUCGGCCUCGCUGGCCUCGCUGCCGCUGCUCCGACCAAAAGAAAAGCGAAUGAUCAAACUUCCGGCCCCCAGAAUGUCGUCUACUGGGGCGCCCGGGGAAACUCAAGCCUCUCUGACUACUGCGCCGCGGGCACUUCUGCGGGCAUUGACGUCCUGGUCUUGUCUUUCUUGAACACCUUCGGCGCCAGUGGCGAUAUUCCCUCGGGCGUCCUCGGCGGCUGCAUCAUCACCGCCGAUGGUAGUUUCGAUACUGCGGCGUGCUCUACCUUGGCCUCCUCAAUCAAGACUUGCCAGAGCGCUGGUAAAAAAGUCAUUGUUUCUCUUGGUGGUGGCAUGGGUUCGUACUCCCUCGCGUCUCAAUCCCAGGCCGAGACCAUCGGCCAAUACCUCUGGGACGCCUACGGCAACUCCGGCAACACUGCUGUCAAGCGUCCCUUUGGCGAUGUAUUUGUCAAUGGUUGGGAUUUUGACCUCGAGAACCCCGAUGGCGGCCAGUGGUAUCAGUACCUCAUCUCAACCCUGCGCUCCAACAUCGCCAAGGACCCCAGCAACAAGUACUACAUCACCGGUGCUCCUCAGUGCCCCUUGCCCGAGGCCAACAUGGGCGCUGCGAUCCAAAACUCCGUCUUCGACUACCUCUUCAUCCAGUUCUACAACAACCCCCAGCGCUGCUCUCUUAAUGCGCCCGGCAGCUCUCCCCUCAACUGGGGUGAGUGGACUAAAUUCCUCUCCUCCACCAAGUCCAGCAGCGCGAAGAUCUUUGUUGGUGCCCCUGCCGCACCGGGCGGCGCGGGCUCAGGCUUCGUUGAGCCCUCGCAUCUGGCCACCGUCGUCAACAGCGUCAAGUCAGACCCUUCUUUUGGUGGUGUGAUGCUCUGGGAUGCGUCUUGGUCUGAUGAGCACGUCGUCGCCGACUGCACCUUUGCCCAGCAGGUCAAGAGCAUUCUCACGACCGGUAAAACUUGCAAGGGCACUCCCGACGAUGGUGGUUCUCCUCCUCCCCCGGCUUCAAACUCUACUGUUCCUUCUCCGGCUUACUCUGCUCCGGCUUCUUCCUCAUCCACUCCGGCUACUUCUUCUGCUACUUACUCUCCUCCGGCUUCAACUUCCCCUGCUUCUUCUCUCCCGGACAACUCUUCUCUUCAUGCCUCUGGAAGCUCUGGAAACGGCGGUGGCGUUGCCCAGUGGGGACAGUGCGGCGGUAUUGGUUACACUGGCCCUAUCCAGUGUCAGUCCCCAUACAAAUGCGUUCAGGAGGGCCAGUACUGGAGUUCUUGCCAGUAA